GCAGCGAACAGCAACUCCAACAGACGCCACUAGAGUUCUCCUUCUCCCAAGGAUCCGCGGCUUCAUUCUUAAACCCUGUUUACCCCUGAAAGCUAGAAGUGUGGACAGACAGGAGAGAAGAGAGAAAAAUUCAGACACAAUAAAACUCCGAUGGGGGGGAGAAAUAUGUAGAAGGAGGAGGGAGCCGCGGCCUGGAGAAGGGAUUGAAAAGUUUCGCCUGGGUUAACUUCUCCUCUUCCUCCCCCUGCAGCAACAGACAGAGCAGCAGCCAAGAGGCACAAGAGAAUCGUUUUCUGGAUGUCGUGCAAGCCAGAAUACGGGGCGGGAAUGGAUUUGUUAUUAAUCUUACAAUUAAUAAGAAAUCUCCCCCUUUUCGUUGAUUUUUAAGAGGAUGUGGCUUUCUCGCUCGUGUUAAAAGUUACAGCUGCUACCUGAGGUUAAACAAAUAAAGGGGUCAUGGCACGCUUAACAAAAAGGCGGCAGGCAGAUACAAAAGCUAUCCAGCAUCUUUGGGCGGCUAUAGAAAUCAUCCGAAACCAGAAGCAAAUUGCUAACAUUGACCGUAUUACAAAGUAUAUGUCUCGGGUUCAUGGUAUGCAUCCCAAGGAGACCACACGCCAGCUUAGUUUAGCUGUGAAGGAUGGCCUAGUUGUUGAAACCUUGACAGUGGGAUGUAAGGGAUCUAAAGCUGGUAUUGAGCAAGAAGGAUAUUGGCUGCCCGGAGAUGAGAUUGCCUACAGUAUGCAGCCUUUCUCCCGGACAACAGCAAAAAUCAAGGACUGGGAGACAGAAACUCAUGACUGGUAUUGUUUUGAAUGCCAUUUGCCCGGAGAGGUGUUGAUAUGUGACCUGUGUUUUCGUGUAUAUCAUUCCAAGUGUUUAUCUGAUGAGUUCAGGCUUAGAGACAGCAGUAGUCACUGGCAAUGCCCAGUUUGCAGGAGCAUUAAGAAGAAGAACACAAGCAAGCAAGAAAUGAGCACGUAUUUGCGCUUCAUUGUCUCCCGCAUGAAGGAACGAGCUAUCGAUCUAAACAAGAAAGGCAAGGACAACAAACACCCAAUGUAUCGUAGGCUGGUGCACACAGCCGUUGAUGUUCCAACUAUACAAGAGAAAGUAAAUGAAGGAAAAUACAGGAGCUAUGAAGAGUUCAAAGCAGAUGCUCAGCUGCUUCUACACAACACAGUGAUUUUUUAUGGAGCAGACAGUGAGCAAGCUGAUAUAGCCAGAAUGCUUUAUAAAGAUACCUGCCAUGAACUGGAUGAACUUCAGCUUUGCAAGAACUGUUUUUAUUUAUCAAAUGCGCGUCCUGACAAUUGGUUCUGCUAUCCUUGUAUACCCAAUCAUGAGCUAGUUUGGGCUAAAAUGAAAGGUUUUGGAUUCUGGCCUGCCAAAGUCAUGCAGAAAGAGGACAAUCAGGUUGACGUUCGCUUUUUUGGUCAUCACCACCAAAGGGCCUGGAUCCCUUCAGAAAACAUUCAAGACAUCACAGUAAAUAUACAUCGGCUGCAUGUAAAACGCAGUAUGGGCUGGAAAAAAGCAUGCGAUGAGCUAGAACUACACCAGCGUUUCCUUCGAGAUGGCAGAUUCUGGAAAUCAAAGAAUGAGGAUAAAGGAGAGGAGGAAGCAGAAUCCAGCAUCUCUUCCACAAGCAAUGAGCAGCUAAAGGUUACUCAGGAACCAAGGGCAAAGAAAGGAAGACGUAAUCAAAGCGUGGAACCCAAAAAGGAAGAGCCAGAGCCUGAAACUGAAGCAGUUAGUUCAAGCCAGGAAAUUCCCACAAUGCCUCAACCCAUUGAAAAAGUCUCAGUGUCAACCCAGACCAAGAAGUUAAGUGCCUCUUCUCCAAAAAUGCUGCAUCGGAGCACCCAGACCAAUAACGACGGAGUGUGUCAAAAUAUGUGCCAUGACAAAUACACCAAAAUCUUCAGCGACUUCAAAGAAAGAAUCAAGGCUGAUCAUAAGAGGGAGACUGAGAGGGUUGUGCGAGAAGCUCUUGAGAAGCUGCGUACGGAUAUGGAGGAGGAAAAAAGGCAGGCUGUGAACAAAGCUGUUGCAAAUAUGCAGACUGAGUGUGACAGGAAGACGAAGCAGGUGAAGGAGAAGUGCAAAGAGGAAUUUUUAGAAGAAGUUAAGAAGCUAGCCAGCCAGCACAAGCAACUGAUUUCCCAGACCAAGAAGAAGCAGUGGUGCUACAACUGUGAAGAGGAGGCCAUGUAUCACUGCUGCUGGAACACUUCCUAUUGCUCCAUCAAGUGUCAGCAGGAACACUGGCAUGCUGAGCACAAACGCACCUGCCGCAGGAAAAGAUGAAAGCUUCCUUCCUCUGCGAAGGAGUCUCCCCAAUUUAGUGCUAUCCUCUGACGCAGCAGGUUUUUGGUUUUGUUUUGUUUUUUAAAGGUUUGUUUCCAAGGGGGUCAGAAUUAUUUAUUAGAAUUCAUUCCCCCUCCCUUUGUUUUUGCACCAGCCUUUAAAACACUUUUUUCGUAAAGAACUUUUUGCACAGUUAAAUUUUAAUGCUCCUCUCAAAUCAUCUCCUCCCCCCCCUUUUUUUUCUGGGGUCAGUAAGGCAGUUUGAAUCCCAGCUUGGAGCACAUUACUUUUUUGUAAUUUUUAACCUAGGAAAUUUGUUGGGUUUUCAGCAAAUUAAAAAAAAAAAAGAAAGGAAAGUUUUUAGGUUUCAUAGAGACAGAGAAAUAUAAAUGACCGGAACAUUUUAAAGAGAUUUGAAUGUAAGACAUUUAAACUGUUUAGAAAAGAAGAUGAUGAAAGCAUACUACCUUGAUGUAGCAUAUACCUGUUAAUCAUACAAGCUGGUUUUGUUCAGCUUAAUUUACCGUUUAAAGGCAUUAUCUGUUGGUUUGUGCCAGUGGGUAUACGACUGAAUUUUGGGAACAGGGUUGACACAGCAGGUGCUAGUCCUGCAUAUUUUUGCUUAAAACUUUUUUCCCAGUUGUGUUUGUUUCACUAUUAUUAUUUUUUCAAUAUAUAGCUUUUAUAACAAAAAUAUUAGCUUUGAUCUUAUUGCUUGAAAAUCACAGGGGACUGGGAUAGCUUUUUGCUGAGCUGGAUCUUAGGAAAAAAUAAUAUUUAAAUUUUAAAUUUGAAUUUUUGCACAUUUCAUCCUUCUAACAUAAAUGCUUGUAAAAAGAAAGCCAAAAAGAAAGGAAAAAUGCCCAACUUUACAGUUAGUCACAUGUGGAGCUCUAAGGAUGAAGCAUAAGAAGAAAACUGGCUUAAUAAUUUGUCCCCUUACAACCCCCCUCCCCACAGUUCCCCACCAUAUGGAAUGUUAUUUGAGUGCCCAUUAACUAACAUUACUUACUCAACAAUACAUUAAUUAAGGUUGGGGGAUGGGGGAAGCACUUAAGUUUCACAGAAGCAGUUAUGUCUAUAAUAAUUGGUUAUUGCCAUCUCUAUACUUAGAAUGAAGAAUAAUGCAUGUUACUUUUCCUGUAUUAAAAAUGCUGUGAUUUGUAAAAAGUCUGUAUUUUGCGGAAUGUCUGGAUUAAGAAGCGUUACCAAUAGGAAUGGAUUGAUAGUUGAAAACUGAUUUUCCCUCCCUCCUUCCUUCCUUUUUGUUUAUUACAUUUGUAUAUAUAUAUAUAUAUAUAUAUAUAUAUAUAUAUA